UCAGACCCGGGCCUCGUCCGUCCCUCGCUCCCUCGGGGGACGAGGAGGUCCCUCGUCAUCUGCAGAUUGACAGAAUUACUCAAUAAAUAAGCAGCCGAUUAUGGUGCUGAUGUUGCUUCUCCGAGCUCUCCCGCGGCCCUGUCCUCAUUCUCCCUCCCUGCUCAUUCCCUUGCGCACACGCAAUUCAGCCGAGCUUCGCUGGAGUGUCCCGUCCUCCGGCUCUGUUCGAGACCGUGUGGUGUGGUGUGGUUUGGUGUUUUCUGGCGUGGUGUGGUGUGGUGUGGUGUGCUGCGAAUGAGAUGCGUAUGAGCGACAUCGAGCAAUUGGGAUAGAAUAGCUUGCGGGACGAGGUGGUGACGAGACCCAGCCGGGCUACGUUUCUAGCAGAGUGUGGGUAUGAUGUAUAGAGGUUUAUGACGGUGGUGGUAAUUGUGACGAGGGCGGAAGACGAUGUCCGACCCGAGGGAUGGAGGGUGCGGUGCGGCGAACGAGGAGUCUGAGUGGUUGUAUUUUUGACGCACCAAUUGGAAUUGUUUAAGCGUGUAUGGUUGGUUGGUUGGUGUGUGUGGUAAGAAGUGUACCUGUCGCCGAGUGCUUCCCAAUCGAUUCACGGCGAGAGAGUUUAAGGGGAGGGGAUGAUGUUGAGUGGAGUGCACGAGUCUUUUUCCGUAGGGAAUUCGGAUGGCGUUCUUUGGUGACGGUGGAGAUGCGGUGUCGUGAGAAGUCGAUUUCGAACCGAGCGCUCUCGUGUUCCGGAAGGUAGGACGGGUUGUAGUGUCGACGCUGUUCAAGAGCACUGCUGCUGCAGAGAGAGAGAGAGAGAGAGAGAGAGAGAGAGAGAGAGAGAGAGAGAGAGAGAGAGAGAGAGAGAGAGAGAGAGAGAGAGAGAGAGAGAGAGAGAGAGAGAGGAUUUGGAGAAUUGAUGAGUCCCCGGGGCGGAAUACGGCCGGGCGGGCAAACGGCGACGCUCUUCAUUUUAUGGACAGGCUGCGGAGCAAGAAGCAUUGGAAGUUCGAAUGGAUUGGUCGUAGAAGGCUUGGAUACAUUGCCCUCCCUGUGCAGUUGAUGUUGGGAUCUUUAAGCGAGAGGAUUUAGUACGACAGCUUGAAGCGAAAAUUUGUGCCCCGUGGUCAGAGGCCCUAGGAGUUUUGAUCUUCGUAGGCGUGUAAGGCAGGCUGUGAGUUGGUGCUGUUGCCAGGCGAAUCUACCACCAAUUUUACGAUUUCCGGUUCUGCACAUGCGCGAUUCGAGAUUUGGAGCGCUUACACCACAGAAUUACUCUUAUCCCACUGGCAGAAGAGCCUAAAAUAAAUCUGGAUUUAGCAAUUAUGGAAAAUUACAACGGCAUGGGCCCAGGAGAGAGCUGGCCGCUAAGUUGGACUCCUGUAGAGAAGAGUCCUGUCAAGCGUAACAAAGAUUACUCCUAUCUGCUCUUGCCUUCGGAGCUGAUGAUAGCCGAGGGCCUUGCAGUGGUAUUGGUGAAUAUGGAUAUCGCUGGGACGGUCCUUGUCACCAACUAUCGACUCAUUUUUAUCGGAGAAGACGGGAAGGUGGUGCCUUUGGGUACAAUACCUUUGGGCACUAUUGAAAACGCUCAGCUGUCGACUGUUAAGGGUCCUCAGCAGUCAACUCCACGAAAUGCAGCUCGCGUUGGAUAUCGAGGCCCCAUCCGCCAUCUCCUUGAAGUUGUUGGAAAAGACAUGAGGAAAAUUGCUUAUUGUUUUCGACCCAAUUCGGAACAGAGGGAGUCGGUUUUCAAAGCAAUGACAAAGUUUCUACUAAGUCCUACACUCUGGGACCUAUAUGCAUUCAGUAGUGGGUUACCACCGGCCUUCCAGAGUGGGGAUCCGAUGUCACGGUUGCAUGCUGAAUAUACGCGUAUACUCACGGGUACAGACAACAAGACGGAUGGCCCUACGAAUACAUCCGGAUCGAUGAGAUCUAGCACACCCGUGAAGCCAGGGAAAUCAUGGUGGCGCAUCAGUGAAGUGAAUUUAGGUUACACAAUGUGUGCGACCUACCCUUCCCGUCUGAUCGUCCCCUGCUCUGUAAGUGAUGAAGACAUUCAGCAAGUAAUGAGUUUCCGCGCUCGCGCUAGAAUACCAGCUGUGGUCUGGCGACAUGGCGGAAAUGGAGCGGUCCUAGCGAGAUCUGCUCAGCCUUUAGUAGGAUUUUUGCAUUCCACACGCAGCCCUUGCGACGAGAAACUUCUUGCGGGUCUGUGCCCACCUCUCGGUGGGUCAUCUUCACCACCCAGAAAGCUAUAUGUCGCAGAUGCGCGACCAAGGACGAAUGCAAUUGCAAAUGGGGCCUUAGGCGGAGGCACAGAAUCUCCUGCACAUUAUCCGCACAUUGAGGUCGUUUUUCUUGGCAUCGAAAACAUUCAUUUCAUGCGAGAAAGUUUUACAAAGCUUCGUGAUUAUCUGGAUACACAUGGAAGUGCAUCUUCUGAUGGUUCAUCCUCUCUCCUGAGGGCUGGCGAUUGGGCUUGGGGUGGAGCUUCUGCGAGCAGUAUGGCAUCGGCUGUUACAGCCCUUGGGCAGAGUGGAUGGUUGUACUAUGUACAUACUAUAUUGUCCAAUGCAGCCUGGAUUGCGGGACGCGUGGUGAUGGAAGGUGCUUCUGUUCUGGUUCAUUGCAGUGAUGGGUGGGACCGUACAACGCAAUUGAUCUCCCUCGCUCAAAUUUUACUGGACCCUUACUAUCGGACAUUUCGUGGAUUCCAGGCACUUGUGGAGAAAGACUGGUUAGCUUUUGGACAUCCAUUUGCAGAUCGUCUCGGAGUGCCGACUUUUACUGGUGGCAAUUAUACAGUGGAAGGUUUAGGCCAUACCCCCAGCGAAUCUAGUGCACCUGUGCGGAAUGGUCCAAGUUCUGCAUUUGCAUCAUCUGCUCCUGGUGCUGUACGCGUCACCAAUAACAACGAAUCUCCAGUUUUCCUGCAGUGGGCUGAUUGCGUUGCACAAUUGAUCCGAUUAUACCCACGAGCUUUUGAAUUUUCAUUGGCUUUCCUCGUCGAAUUUUUCGACAGCGUGCUUUCAUGUCGUUUCGGGAACUUUCUCUGCAACAGUGAAAAGGAGCGGGUCCAGGCAAACAUUAGUGAUUCUACUGCCGAUAUAUGGACGUAUCUCGAAAAAGCCCGCAGUGGUGGUAGGGCGCAGCAUGAGCACUAUAAUAUGUUGUACGAAGCUGGCAAACAUACAGGAGCACUUUUGCCUCCAGCUGCAGCACUUACUCCCUCCCUAUGGACCGAAUUCUAUCUGAGAUGGUCCUGCCCAUAUGGCUUGAAUUUCAAAGGUUGCAUGCCAACAGGGUGGGGUCAAGGAGGGGAUAUCGAGAAUGAAGCUCGAAAAAGUGCUCGGUCGAUGAGUGUUCUCAAAACUGGUAAGGAAAGGGCCGAGAUGAAGCUUCUGGAGGCACAAAUAACCAAGUUGGCUUUGGAAGAGCAACUGAAGGCGGAAAGGCAACAGAAGCUUGCCGCAAUCACUGAAGCAGGACAAGCGCAGCAAGAAACUGCUGCCUUGAGGCGGGUAUUACAAGCUAUGGGUUGUAAGGUUCGAAUUUCCAAGGCUCAUUCCGGUGGCAAUUACUCCGAAGGUGAAAUACUGUACGAAGAGGAUAUUGAGGAUAAGACGGAUGGUUCUCCACAUGAUCAACCUGAUGUUGAUCUAAACAGGACAGAACCUCUGGCAGUUUCGAUUUUGUUGGAGGGAGAUAGCACUGCGUUUCACAUAAGGAGAGCAUGUGGCGUGGACGGUGCUCUCAGUUGCAGUAAUGUCCAGACAGGGGACGUAUGUAAAUGGCCUCAGGGCAGAUGUGCCAGGUUGGGAAGCGCUUUUCUCGGCUUAAAAGCCGAUUUUCAAGCUCUACAGCAAUUGUCAAUACUAGAUUGUUAUUUUGAUCCUGAGCACAAAGGCUCCACGAGUUCUGGGAUCGCUACUUCCUCACAAACUCCUGUUGUAACCUAAGUGAGCCCUAAGAGUGAGUGUCAAAAGUAGAUUCUUGCAUAAGCAACAACGACAGCUUCCCCCAGCUGGCAACAGGGUAGCUUCCACAAUUAUUUACAUCUUAGAGGGGUGAUUUUUCUUCUCUAUCUUUACUGCAAAAUUUCAAUCAUCAUUUUUGUAAUUCAUCCUUGCUCGUACGCCUUUCAUGAUAUGUAUGCCGUCCU